AUAUGUCCAUGUCUGCCUGUCUCCCUUCCGUCUCUGUCCGCUUUUUCUUUCUCUUCUCUCUCUCACUAUAUCGCCUCUGAUCUCAACACACAAACGAACAAACUCCACCCCUGCUCUUCCGUCUUUCUUUCUCUCAGAGCCCAGAAAUAUGUCAGCUCCAUUCUAGCAUUUGCUCCCCGCCGCUGUCUGCAGUCCCUUUGCCAAAGAACUCGACUUCGGGAAACAAACGAGAAACAGAGCCUUCCCAAGCAUUCAAUCAUGGGUUCCCAAUCCAAAACUGGGUUGUUUCAAACUCCCACCAAGCCAUCACCAGCAACUCCUAGAGUGAGUAAACUCAACAGGGGAGCAACUAAAUCAGACGCUGAUUCGCCUUCUCCCUUGCAGAGUUCACGCCUCUCCCUGGACCGCUCAUCCCCUGGAUCUGCCAAUUCCAAGCCCACUGCUAAUUCUGCUAUUCGCAGGCCAGCCAAGGCUGCCACACCACCUGAAAAACCACAGGCUCGUGGGGUGCCCGUGAAGGGAUCAGAACUGCAGGCUCAAUUGAGUGCGCUUCAGGAAGAUCUAAAGAAAGCCAAAGAGCAGAUCUCGGCGAUCGAGAAGGAGAAGGAUCAAGCAGUUAACGAGCUGAAAAAUGCUCAGAAGGCAGCUGAAGAGGCAAAUGGUAAGCUACAAGAGGCUUUGGUGGCUCAGAAGCAAGCCGAAGAGGAUUCGGAGAUUGAGAAGUUCCGUGCCCUUGAGCUAGAGCAUGCUGGGAUUGAGGCUGUAACAGUGAAGGAACACGAAUUGCAGAAGGAGAUCGAGUCCGUGAGGGACCAACAUGCACUGGAUGUUGCUACCCUUUUAUCCACUACUCAGGAGCUACAGAGAUUGAAGCAAGAGCUUGUAAUGACGACGGAUGCUAAAAACCAGGCACUUAGUCAUGCUGAUGAUGCUACCAAGAUUGCAGAGAUUCAUGCAGAGAAGAUGGAGAUUCUUUCAACCGAGUUGAACCGAUUGAGAGGUUUGCUUGAUGCCAAGGUUGAGAACGCAGCCAGUGAGAGUAAUAAGAUAGUGUUGGAGCUCAAGGAAGAGAUAAAUUCUUUGAGACACGAGCUUGAGAAAGCGAAAGCUUUUGAGGGUAAGUUGAUGGAGAAAGAGUGUAUUAUAGAACAGCUCAAUGUUGAGGUGGAAGCUGCUAAAAUGGCAGAGUCUUAUGCACACAGUCUAGCUGAGGAAUGGAAGGUUAGGGUUGAGGAGUUGGAGUCUCAAGUUGCUGAAGCAAACAAGCUAGAGAGGUCUGCAUCAGAAUCUCUGUGUUCAGUCAUGAAACAGCUCGAAGGCAACAAUGAUAUGCUGCAUGAUGCAGAGACUGCGAUCAUGGGUCUGAAGGAGAAAGUGGGACUUUUGGAAAUGACGAUAUCGAGGCAGAAAGGAGAUCUUGAUGAGUCAGAACAGCGUGCCAGCCUUGCACAAGAAGAAGCAUCAGGAAUGGUGAAGGCGGUUGAGUCUCUCAAGUCAGAGCUGGAAACAGUGAAGGAAGAGAAGAUACAGGCCCUUAACAAUGAGAAGCUUGCUGCCUCUAGUGUUGAAGGCCUGUUAGAAGAGAAGAACCAACUCAUAACUGAACUAGAGAGCUACAAGGAAGAGGAGGAAAAGACCAAGCGGGCGAUGGAGAGUUUAGCAUCAGCUUUACAUGAAGUGUCUGCUGAAGCCAAGGAAGCCAAAGAGAAACUGUUGUCUAGUGAAACCGACAUUGAAAGCUAUGAGGCGCAGAUAGAAGAUCUUAGAUUAGUCCUCAAGUCAUCGAACGAGAGAUACGAGACCAUGAUGCAUGAUGCAAAACACGAGAUCAAUGUUCUCAAGAGCUCAGUAGAAGAAUCCGAGAAUGAAUUCCAAAAGUCCAAAUCUGAGUGGGAUAUUAAAGAGCAAAACCUCUUGGAUUGUAUGAAGAAGUCAGGUGAAGAAAACACAGCUCUGGAGAAAGAAAUAGACAGGCUGGUCAAUGUGCUGAAGCAUGCGGAAGAAGAAGCUUGUGCUACAAGGGAAGAAGAGGCUCAGUUGAAGAACAGCUUGAAGGAAGUGGAAGCUGAAGCAGUUAUGUUGCAGGAAGCUCUUGGAGAGGCAAAAGCUGAGAGCAUGAAACUGAAGGAGAGUUUACUGGACAAAGAGAAUGAACUACAGAGCAUCCUUCAGGAAAACGAUGAGCUCCACACCAGGGAUACUGAUUCUCUCAAGAGAAUUGAGGAGUUGUCCAGGUUGCUCGAGGAAGCUCAGUCCAACAAGCAAAGUGAGGAUAAUGGUGAGCUUAGUGACAGUGAGAAGGACUAUGAUCUACUCCCGAAGGUGGUUGAGUUCUCUGAAGAGAAUGGACAUGUAGGUGAAGAGAAGCCCAAGAUGGAGCUUCCAGCCCAGCAGCAGAACCAUGAGGGGCCAAUGAAUGGCAACUCACAGGAAGACAGCAAUGGCUCAUUGAAUGAUUCUGCACCUGCUGAAAUGUUUUUCGCCACCGAGACGGAGAAUGGUGGAGAGAAGGGGAAGAAAGAAGAGCGGACAGAUAAAGAAGAUGACACUGUUGAAGUGGAGUUCAAGAUGUGGGAGAGCUGCAGGAUUGAGAAGAAAGAGUUCUCACCGCAGAGAGAGCAGCAUGAACAGGAAUCAUCCUUCAAGGAGGAAGGGGAGUCUAAGGCUGAGGGCGGAGAGAGCUUCGAUAAGCUAAAUGGGUUGUCCUCAACAGAGAACCCAGAUGAUGGUGGGAGCUCACCUACCAAGCAGCUGCAGCCAGAGCAGCUGAAGAAAAAGAAGAAACCUUUGCUUCAUAAGUUUGGAAACCUGCUCAAGAAGAAGAGCACCAGUGCCAGUCCUACUAAUGGUAACACUACUCCCAACCAGUAAAAAAUUAUAACAUGGUCUAUAGUAGAUGAAGUUUAUGGCCUCUGAGUGUUCUGUAUCCUCUUUUUUCCUUUCUUUUAAUGAUCAUUUUUUUCCCUUCAUUUUUUUAUAUUUUGAGUUAGUUUCCAGUGUUCACAAUGAAGAGAAAUGGGGUUUGUAAUCAUCUUCAGUUUUUUUUUCUUUUUUCCCUUCUUCCUCUGUCUUCUCUCUGUUGUUACUGUGGAUCAAAAUGGUGGAGAGAAAGUAUAUUGUAUGGAAUGGAGAUUUUCAUUCAUGUUUCAUCUCUGUUCAUAGUUAAUCACAGUUGUUCUGUACACAAAUUAAUGACUUUCAAGUAG